GCACGUCGCCAGGCAACAAACGACCCACAGACAUUGCUCCUCUUGAAACUCUUAAUUCACACGCUGUAUCAAAAUUUCAGCCUACAACAACGUGUGUUCUACGUCGAAGGACUCAUCACAUUCUCUAUUUUGAAUGUGCUCGAAAUGCUCGACGUACAUAAAAUUGUUUGAAAUACGGAGGUGGCACAAUUUUCACAAGGAAUGCUGUUAUCGUGGUAGUCAUAUGUUUUGCACAGCUCUUUCCGGAUCGGACCAGCUGUGAGGCGAUAUCUGCGGGCAGGCUGGCCACGGUCGACUCACACUCCGCCCCGCGGUGACGACACGUACCCGAGGCUAGUAGCGGCAGAUAAGGCGAGCACGCAAUGUAGGCCUUCCAGUCGCACAGCGGGCUCGCCACCGGCGCCAUGGGGCAACCUCAGCACCAGGAGCAGCAGCAGGGGACGCGCAUCGGGUCCCGACGGCUGCAGUAUGCCGCCGCCUUCUCAGCGACGCUGGGCUACCUGUCGUUCGGCGCGUUCGCCGGCUGGGCGGCACCGGUGCUGCCGCGGCUCAUCUCCAACUCGUCGCACAUCCCCACCACGGAGGACGAGGCCUCGUGGAUCGUGGCGUCCAGCUCGCUCUCCAUGGUCUUCCCCAUGCUCUUCAUCGGCCACCUGGUCGACCUGCUGGGCCGCAAGCGCAUGCUGCUGUACAGCGCCGGGCCGCACCUGGCGCUCUGGGCCAUCCAGAUCUUCGCCACGCAGCCCUGGGAGCUCAUCGUGUCGCGCGUCGUCGGCGCCAUCUCGCAGUGCAUCAUCAUCGUCACCUCGCCUUGCUACCUCGUCGAGAUCGCCGAGCUCGAGAUUCGCGGCACGCUGGUCACCCUCUACCAGGUGAUGCAGAACCUGGGCACACUGGUGGUGUUCUGCGUGGCACCGUACGUGCACUUCCGCACUUUGGCUGGUAUCAUGAUGGCCUUCCCCCUGCUGCUGGUGGCCACCCUCUCGUGGAUGCCGGAAUCCCCCACCUACCUGCUGCUCAGGGGGCGUUACAAGGAGGCCCAGCAGUCGCUCAAGCGUUUACGAGGCACCAGAGUCUUCGAGGACGUGGAGGAGGAGUUCGAGGCUCUGCGGCGGUCGGUGGAGGAGCGGCAGAGCGAGCCGGGCGCGGGCGACGGCUACAUGGCGACGAUGCGGGAGCUGGUGUGCGACUCCGUGAACCGGCGCACGCUGCUCAUCUCGGGCAUCCUGAUGCCGCUGCUGCUCUGGUCGGGCUACCUCGUGCUCAUGACGUACGCCACGGUGUUCUUCCAGCGCUCGGGCAGCUCCGUGGACCCCGACGUGUCGUCCAUCACGCUGGCCGUCGUGCAGAUGGUGAUGAGCGUGGUGGCCUCGGCGGCCGUGGAGCGCUUCAGGACGCGCCGCACGCCGCUCAUGGUGUGCUUCGCCGGCGCCGCCGUGGCGCUCGUGGCGGAGGGCCUCUACUUCUACCUGCUGGACGUGGCGCAAGCCGACGUGGCCGCCUUCAGCUGGCUGCCGCUCGCCUCACACAUACUCUACUUGGUAUGCAUGACGAUGGGUCCAGGCGCCCUCAUAUGGACGGUCUGCAGCGAGGUGUUCCGUCCUCGCGUCAAGGGCAUCGCCAUGUCGGUGUUGUCCAUUGUCAACUGCGGAUCGGCUUUUGCCACGCUCAAGACAUACCACGCCAUGUCCACCCACUUCGAGCUGUGCGUGUCCUUCUGGAUGUUCGCCAUUUUCUGCGCAUUCGCCGUGUUCUACGUGUGGAGGUUCGUUCCUGAGACCAAAGGGCGGCUGGCGGAGGAGGUGGCGUUGGAGAUAGCGGGCAUCAAGCCUGGACGCACUGAAGACGAGACCGCCACCAAAGAGGAGAGGGAGAAGAUAAAAGUGUGAGCCUGCACUCCGAGGCACGCCAAUACUCUACAAUAUGACAAACUCUGAUGCGCCCAGUAUAAUGAAAAGUGUCGCCCAUCUCUUGACUGUGAUAGCCUUUCGACAUUCUAGACUUUUCGGCGCUGCUGAAGAAGCGUUAUCAUUCGCAUUAUAUUUUACAUUCAUACAAAAUAUCAACCACACCACUUUAUUGUAUUUGCUGCAAAGAGAUUAUUUAUUGCAAGAGAUCGUAGGCUUACCUGGCCGUCUCCAGUGAAAAUAUAAGUUCCUCCAUUUUUAUAAACGAUCAUUCUACAAGUCGAUAUAUAUGUAUAUAAAGAGCAGAUCAGCAGGGAUUUACGUUUACUCCUGAUGCUUCACCCGUUUUUGGCCUAGGUGAAGAGGGCUCUUUCAUUGAUACGACUGCCACUUAGUUUCAGCGUCUUAGCAAAAAAAAAAAAAAAAAAAAAAAAAAAAAAAAAAAAAAAAAAAAAAAAGACCCACUUUCAUCACCAGUGGCAAUCUACGAAAGAAGGUCUGGAGCAUCUUGAAGCAGCUUCUUAGGUUCUUUGCAGACUUUCUCGCAAUAUCCUUCUGAUCGUCUUGAAGCAGUUGUGGCACAAAUUUCUUCGCAAUACUUCUCAUGUUCAACUUUUCUCAUACAAUACGUUAACGUAUACCAUAACGUAUUCCCAAGGUGUUAGAGAGGUCUUGACAGCCUGUCUACGAACUUGCAGAAUCAGAUCCUCCGUUUGCCGAACGUUUCCUGGAGUGAUACAAGUUGACUGCCGACUGGAAAAGUCCUCGUUAUCACUAGACGUUCGCCUAUUUUGAAAAGCCUAUACCAGUCGUAAGUCUGUGUCUUGCCAAAGCGUUGUCUCCAAGUGCUUGCUUCAACGUCUGGUGCGUCUCUGCAGCAGUUUUCCAGAUUUAGAAUAAAGUUUUACUUAAAUAAGCUACUGUUUCAGGUCAGCCAUCGCAAAGCCACCAACUGUCUGAAACACAACAGUGGAAAUAUGUUCACCAAGAAGCAGCCAAAUCACUGAGAUCACAGACACUUGACACACUAAUUCAGGGCAGGUGUGUGAUGGGACAGCUAAUUGUACUUCAACGUGCUCUUAAUCAUUAACGGGAAAAAUCAAAUUUUGGGAAUAUUGGAUACCACAUCGCAUUAAAUUUCUGUUGGUGUUCUGAAGUAUUCUACCAGACUGGCUCUUCCUGCAGUACUAGAUCCAUUUAAGAUGAAUUUUCUCUCAGUUGAUAUUAGCAUCGUUAUCGUAAGCCCGACACUGCUAAUCGCCGAUAUGAGUGAUAACUACGUAAGAUAAGGUAUUGUACGACGGCAGCAACAGGGUGCGAGGAACCAGUUUCAUCAACGAGGCGUGCAACUUCAGAGCCCACAGUGUGACACAGAGUUAAGGGAAUCUGUAACUGAUAUCUGUUUCUCUUCAUAACACAUGCUUUAUUUUUCACGCAAAAUUUCCGCCUUCAUAUUGUUUUUUUUCUGAAUUCCUCAGUCAGGCUAGUGAUUUCAUGCCACACGGCUACACACACACACACACACACACACACACACACACACACACACACAAUCAUAUGUGAAAACGAUUAUCCCACAUUUACACUCGUCCUUCUGCCAACGUCUUCUUACAGGAACAGCAUCUGCGGUAAUCUGCAAGCACAUUGCAAAUCGUGGAUCUCUUCUUUUUUCUUUGAAAAAAAAUUCUCAAAAAAUGAGCAAUAAUCAGUGGUGCACAGCACGGACCGCUUGUGCACAACUUCUUUGGUAUACACCCCACGCUUCCUUUGGAGACUCCUAAUGAACUGCGUUUGACAGUUGUCUUCUCCUUUAGGUCAUUCUAAAUGUUAUUAUUAAAUGUCUUGACUUUGUCGUGAUAUUUGCGUAUUCUGGACUUCAGUGCCCAUUGAACUUCUUAUUUUCGUUACCAAAUGUAAUUAAGGAACUUCUUUGGAGGUACAUUUAGUUUUCUUGAUAUCGAACACUCCCUCCGAAGCACCCCGUCAGUUCUGCUGCUUAUUAUUCUAGUCAUAAAUGUGGUCGUGUGAAAUAUAGCAGAACACAAAAUCCUGAAAAUUCACACCUGUACACAAGCCAUUCUUCCAACUGCCAUACAGUGGCAUAAACACUAAGAACCAACGAUUGCACUCAGUUAAUCACAGUGUAAGCUAGUCGUAAGCAGUGAAUUCUCUGACUCAUAACCUUACAUGUUAUCACAAGUAAUUUCGCAAGGAUUUUUUUCUUCUCAUUCUACCGUUUAGACAUGAACCAUAUGAUGUAAUCCCAUGGAACAGUUAUGCUUCCUCAUAUUACAACUCUUGGGUGGAAUGUAAAUUUUUUCUCAUCGUACACUAUUUCAACCAUUCAGUCCCCCUCCAUUUCUAGGAUAUAUUUUUCCCGUAACACGAAACACACUGUAGAAUUCUCAGCUUCAGUAAUUUAGUAAACUCGUAUAUAAAAAUCAGCAGCUCUUCAGACCGUUACGAAAGUAUAUACUCCGAUUCAGUCCCAUGUUUCCUCAGUGCAGAAUUUUAAUGCUUGCUUCAACCACACCUUAACUGAUCGGAAGAUAAUAGUAGCCAUACGUUGGUCAGUUCUUUAAAUUUGUAGAGAAUACGCGCUUCUUAUUGAGACCUAUCUAAAUUCAGACUGUUAUGUUCUCCUUUAACCUUAUUUUCUGUAAGUCGAAAACACUGUAUACUAUCCCCUUUGAGCGGCAGUCUAACAAUUACAGUUGGUUUACUUGAAGAAAUCUGCCGUGAAAAACUUGCUUUAAAUAGAGAUGAAGUGAAUCAACAGAAAAUGCGAGCCAAUCUCAUAUGACACUACCGCGCUUCAUCCACAGCCAGUAGACCAAUGAAAUCAACUGCUUACAUAAACUACACUCGCGUUAUUAAUACCAUCUGUAAGCCGAAUUGGAUACCAAAUCAAAUAAACAACUUUUUCUUCAUACAUUUUUACAGUGCAUGAAUUUUAAUUCACUCUCAGCAAUGCUCCUGUCGUUUGAGCUCUCUACACCUCCUGAAUUAUCUUCAUCUCAUAAUGGUGUCUUAUGAAAUGCUAGAAGGAAAACAUAUUCUGUCUUCACAACACUAAAUGAGCACUUUUCUUCUGGAUGUGCACGAUUACGAAAAACUGGAAACAGACUAAUUUGUCUUGCAAUAAAUCAGAGACAGAAAUAUGAUUGCGUUUUCGUAUCUCUCUGACAUCUCGUUGACAAUGAUGUCUCAGUUACUCCAAAAAAUGAUAAACUAGACAUAUUCGUGGUUCGCCGUAUCAAGAAGGAAAAACUGCAAGACAGGUUGACUGAAACAAUAACGAAGAUUAUACGACAAGGAAACAUUCGAGAGGAGGCGGAAACUGGGACAGUAUUGCAAUAGCAGUAUGCUACCUACAUCACGAAGCCUUUUUCCUGUAUUGAUACUGAUCUUGUAUUGCCGUAGGUUAACAAUAAUGUUCCUAAAAACUCUUUUAAGCCUGACUAGUUCACAUAGUGACAUUAUGUGUACCAGUAUUUGACCGUGUCUAUGUUCCUAUGCGCUGUUUUUGUAUGGACAGUAUACAAUUUUCUGUAAGAUAUUAAAACCAAUAAAUUUAGUUUUUCAUAAACAUGAA